UUGAGAGACUGUAAUAGGCGUGACUCGUGACAGGAAAGCGGAACGCGAGCGCUCUGUAAGCCGUCAGAAAGCGUCCUGAACUUUCACGAGCCUCAGAGUAAGAGAAUAGUAUUCGCGAUUUCUCUUCACAGAAAUAUACUGCGGGAUCCCACUGCGACUAUUACAACUCUUCAAAGAGAAGCGCUCGCGUUUUGAAGUCUUUCAAACGGAUUUUAACGAUCCAUCCAAAGGAAAAGUGUGAGUUAAAGUAGUACACAUGUGUCUGUGGAGUUUGUGUGUGUUUUAAUGGAUGUGUGUAAGGCGCACUGGAGCGCUCGCGUGCGGGAGUGUGCGGUGUGGAGGGACGCGGCGGGCCGGCUGACGGUGCAGGUGAGCGGCGGCGCGGAGACCGGACACUUCAUCUGCAUCGGGCCGAUUCAGGAGGGUGUUCAGAGGGACAUACUGCUGGAGGUUGAGGAUCUGGCUGUCUCGGGAUUACCCCUUUACGAUGUGCGGAAUGUCCUGGAGAACUGCGAAGAUCCAAUCCGAAUUAAAACGGUCAAAUCUGGUGGCAGGCUGAGGACAGAUCUGAGAUAUUUCUUGAGUCUGCGCUUUCAAAAGAGCACAGCUGAUCACCAGCUGCAGGAGACCAUCAGAGAUAACCUGUACUACUAUGCUGUGCCAUGUACGACUCGUCCUCCUCGGGACGGUGAGCUUCAAGGUGUGCAUUACAACUUUCUGUCUGUGAAGGAUUUUCUGGAAUUGGAACAGAGUGGCGAGUUGUUAGAGAUAGGAACAUAUGAAGGUAACUAUUAUGGGACGCCACGGCCACCCAACGAACCUCGCAGUAGGACAGUGAUUCCCCAAGAUGUGUUGCGACAAAGUUUCACUGGUUCCCAGAAUUCCUCGUCCAAGAGCAGCUUGUCCUACAGUCGCAUGUACCAUGCAGGAGUAGCACAUACACAGCUGCAGGAGGAUGCACACACCAGCCCAGGCAUGAACAACACGUUUACAGGAGACUCGAGCCGUCCGGACGUGCACGGUGUGGUGCGAGAGAAUGCCCCCACCUAUGUGUUGAACAACAUGGCAGCGUCCCCCUCGGCCAACUCCAAACACCUCCCCGCGCUGCCGCCAGACGAGGACCCGCUCAGACCGCUGCCAGUCAACUGGGAGAUGGCCUGCACUGAGAAUGGAGAGAUCUACUUCAUAGACCACAACACAAAGACAACGUCAUGGAUGGACCCUCGGUGUCAGGACAAUCAGCCCAAGCCACUGGAGGAGUGUGAGGAUGAUGAAGAGGGUGUACACACAGAAGAACCAGACAACGAUCUUGAACUGCCCCCUGGCUGGGAGAAGAUCGAUGAUCCAGUCUAUGGAGUUUAUUAUGUUGAUCAUAUAAACCGUAAGACUCAGUAUGAGAACCCGGUUCUAGAGGCCCGGCGUAAGAAGCAGUUGGACACACAGCAGUCACCUGAGGGCGGACGAUACAUCAGAGAAUGGAUUGAGGAGCACUCUUCUGCUGGAGCAACCAUUGGCUCUUACAUUCCCACUCACCUCGAGACAUACAGAGACCCUCAGAGCAGUGCACUGGCUCUGCCGGCUCCAGGCCCCAAACGUGGAAAGCCAUUCUUCACGCGUAACCCAGCUGAGCUAAAGGGGACGUUCAUAAGCACAAAGCUACUGAAGAGCAGGCGUGGUUUUGGUUUUACUGUAGUAGGAGGAGAUGAACCAGAUGAGUUCUUACAGAUCAAGAGUCUGGUGCUGGACGGACCUGCCGCCGUCGACGGGAAGAUGGAAACAGGUGAUGUCAUCGUGAGUGUGAAUGACACAAUUGUGCUGGGAUACACUCAUGCUCAGGUGGUGAAGAUAUUCCAAUCCAUCCCAAUUGGGUCCAUGGUUCAACUGGAGCUGUGCCGUGGCUAUCCUCUGCCCUUUGACCCCGAUGACCCCAACACCAGCCUGGUCACAUCUGUGGCCAUCCUUGACAAAGAGCCCAUCAUAGUGAAUGGUCAGGAGGGGUUCGAGCCCAGCCUGCCUGUUCAGAUGGCAACCGGUGCUACGAGCAUUGGCAUGGCACCCAGCCACGAGCCCACCACUUACAUCCCCACCGCGGACACCACAAUGUUAGUCUCGGGCAACAGCUGCCACAGUUACAGCAAUGACGUUGUGACUCUGGCAUCAUCGAUAGCGACACAGCCGGAGCUGAUCACCGUUCACAUCGAGAAGGGCGACAAAGGCUUCGGCUUCACCAUCGCAGACAGUCUGAGCGGCGGAGGUCAAAAGGUCAAGCAGAUCGUAGAUUACCCACGAUGCCGAGGGCUGAAAGAGGGAGAUAUCCUGAUGGAGGUGAACAAGAGGAGCGUUCAGGGCAUGAGCCACAACCAGGUGGUGGAUCUCCUCAGCAAAUACCCACGAGGAGGUGAAGUCACUAUGCUGGUUCAGAGAGGAGUCCUGCAGCCCAAGAGAAGCCCUAAAGUGCUGCAGUUGGAGAGGAAGGACAGUCAGAGCAGCUCUCAGCACAGUGUGUGCAGUCAUCGGAGCACACACACAGACUCUCCCGCUCGUCGUGUUCCCAUCAUGCCCAGCAACUCUCUGGUGGCUCCCCUGCCUGUACCGCCACCCCCCAACCAGCCUCUGCCCGUCCUGCCCCCCUUUGACCCUGCGGUGGCAAAUGGAACACUCCAGAAGAAACCAGACCCCUUCAAGAUCUGGGCUCAGUCCAGGAGCAUGUAUGAGAGCCGCAUGACGGAUUCUCAAGAGCAGGACAUUUUCUUGUGGAGGAAAGACACUGGCUUCGGCUUUAGAAUCCUGGGAGGAAAUGAACCUGGAGAACCAAUCUACAUCGGGCACAUAGUGAAGUACGGGGCGGCGGAUGAGGACGGGCGUCUGCGGUCUGGAGAUGAGCUCAUUUGUGUUGAUGGCACAGCUGUGGUGGGCAAGUCUCAUCAACUGGUGGUUCAACUCAUGCAGCAGGCAGCUAAACAGGGCCACGUCAACCUCUCUGUGCGACGCAAGACUAGUUAUGGAGCAUAUAAGGGGGAAGUUGACGUCCCCCCAUCUCCUGCAUCAUCUCAUCACAGCAGCACACAGGCGCCUUCGCUCACAGAGGAGAAACGGACGCCGCAGGGCAGCCAGAACUCGCUCAACACCGUCAGCUCUGGGUCGGGCAGCACCAGUGGGAUUGGCAGUGGAGGCGGUGGCGGCAGCGGGAGCACUGUGGUUGCCAUGGCAACAACUACUCUACAGCCCUAUGAUGUCGAGAUCCAACGCAGCGAGAAUGAAGGUUUCGGGUUCGUCAUUGUGUCGUCCGUGUCGCGGCCUGAUGCUGGAACUACGUUUGUUGGAAACUCGUGUGUGGCCAUGCCUCAUAAAAUAGGGCGCAUCAUCGAGGGCAGUCCCGCAGACCGUUGUGGAAAGCUGAAGGUUGGUGAUCGGAUCCUGGCCGUCAACAGCUGUUCCAUCACCAACAAAUCUCACUCUGACAUCGUCAACCUGAUCAAAGAGGCAGGCAACACUGUCACGCUGCGCAUCAUACCUGGAGAUGAGACGUCAAACGCCUCACUAUUGACCAACGCUGAGAAGAUUGCCACCAUCACCACCACACACACACCACAGAGCAACACAGAGCCCAGGAACAACAAACCAAAACAAAUCCAACCAGCAUCAUACAAUCAGGAGGCUGAGUUUUACUCUGUGGAUCUAGAGAGAGACAGUAAAGGUUUCGGCUUCAGUUUGAGAGGAGGGAAGGAGUACAACAUGAAUCUUUAUGUGCUCAGACUGGCUGAGGAUGGAGCCGCCACCAGAAAUGGCAAAAUUACGGUGGGUGAUGAAAUUUUGGAGAUCAAUGGUGAGAGCACAAAAAAUAUGAAGCAUUCUCGUGCCAUCGAGCUGAUCAAGAACGGAGGCAGACGAGCUCGUCUGGUGCUGAAGAGAGGAGACGGAUCUGUCCCAGAGUAUGACGGGCCCAAUGACAGCUACCCUCCCUCACCCUGGCCACAAAAUUAUUCGGAAGUGAGAACCCCGCUGGCCAGCGGCCCGUUUUAUCAUCCAUCCGAGCCCAGCUAUACAUCAGAAUAUCACAGAACACCCCAAUUUAGAGAGCACCAGCGGAAAGGCAGAGAGCCCGAGCGAGAGAGAAACCGAGGCAAGGAUGACAACACUGAUCUUUACUCCAGCGCUCAACUCCAUCACACCUGGAACAACCCUCCCAGCCCCUCUCCUUCCCCCGACAGCAGCAAAAACAACUCCCGUCACAAGUUCAAGAAGUCAGAGUCUGAGAGCGGCAUCACUAAGCUCUUCAAAACUUUGAGGAAGGAGGGUGGAUUCGGGAAGAAAGCAUCCAGUCAGGAUCUAGCCGGGCGAGGCCGUAAACAUGCCGAGAAGCAAAGCAGCAAUGGCUCUCAGGUGCGCAGUGGAUCCUUAGAUCGCUCCACCACCCAGAAGCGCAACACCUCUCCAGACCACCACAGGGCCAAAUCCAUGGACCGCCGGACACAGCGGUCAUAUAAAGAUCAGUCCCCAGAACGAAGCAUGCAAGCCACUUCCCAGGACUUGCUUUGGCAGAAGUCCACUCCCGAAAGGACCUUCCAACCUCAACAGGACCCCCAAACGCCCAUCAGGAGCCUCAGGAAAGAGGGCUACUUUACAUGCACCCCUGAGAGAUCCCUGAAACAACAGGCACUCGUUCUUGGAGGCACGCCAGAGCACGGUUUAAAAAACAGGAACCUCUUGCACAACAGCUCUCCUUUUGGUCAGACCGAAAGACCUGGAUAUUAUGCCAAUGGACGCUCGGAAAGACACUUCCACAGGAUAUCAGACAGCAGCAGUGGUGAAAGUUACCUGGAAGAGGGUGCGACUCCACAACUUAGGGAAUAUUACAAUGCAUUGAAAGCCAGCAGCGCAAAUGGGACCAAUGUGGGCAGAGGCCUCGCCCAGAACCCUCAGUCUAAGAGGCGGCUUUACAAAGAGAACCAUGCAGACCUCAGCAUCUGAGCACUCCACAGGUCUGAGCUUCUCCACAGCAGAACAAUCCUCUUUCUAGAUUCCAUCCAUUCCUUUGUUUUUAUAUGUUGUGUCGCAAGUGAGAUCUGUGUUUUUCUUUUUUAUUGAAGGCUGUUUCGUUUUUUUCUGUACAGUUUUACAUUCCUCAAAUGCGCCAGAACUACUUUGUGUGUCCUCUAUUCCAACUAUUGAAGAGCAGAGCACAAGCAUUUUUGUUUGUUUGUAAAUUUUUUGGACAAAUUUGUGUGUUGCAAAAUCCGAACUCAAACUACGAUGCUACUGAUUAAUGAAGUAAUAUAUUUAAGAUGUAUAUUUAUUUAGAAAAAUUGAAACAACUUGAUGGGAUGUUCAGAUUGGAACUCGUCGUUUUACUGUACGAUGUCUGACCGCAUUAGUCUUCACAAUGCACUGAACUUCGGCACGAGGCCGCACAGCAGGAAAAAUGAGAAUGAAAGCAGGAAGAUAUUUUCUUUGGGGCACAAAUAUGUUUUAUUUUGAGGGUUUUCCAGAAUCUCCAGAAAUUAGACUUGUGCACAGCUGAGAAAACUUGACCCAACAUUAGCAUAAUGCAAUAUAUAAUGAUCAUUUAAACAUCUAGUCAAUAUAUAGAGCUGGGUAAAACUUUCGAUAUUAAUUUGAAUUAUUAAAAGAUCAAUAAUAAUUACAGUCCAAUUAUACAUCUUUUAAUGAAUUAAUAAAUUGCCUUGUUUAGUGGAAUCAGUGGUGGAUCCUGACAUACCAACCCCCACACAUGAGUAUAUUUUUAGGCCCAAAAAUAUACUUUACACUAGGAUGUAAAUACUAUCGCUUCUAGCUAUGCAAGAUCGAUGUCACACAUUAUUUUUAAUUUCAAAAUGUGUCAGACCGCAAUUUAUCUCGCAGCUCAAGUAUAUGUUGCAUUCUCAUCAUUGCCACAAUGGCGUUAUAGUGGAGAUUAACAUACAUUUUACAGAAACAGUCUUCUUCUGUGGUCAGUUUGGUCCUUUUCAGGUCAAAUAAUAUCAUAACAUAGUCAAAGUUUUACAGAGAAUCUUGCUGAGCCAUUUAGUUAAAGUUAAAAUGUCAACACGUUUACAGCUAGCAACAUGAAUCAUUCAUGGUAAUGGAAUAAUCUGGAUUAACUGCUUGCCCCCUUGAGUAGUGAGGUUUGUAAUCAUCCAUUAAAUAUGUACAACAGGACUCCACACUUACAAUGCGUGUUUGUGUAAAGUGUAUUUCUGACUGUAGUAUGAAAAUCAAAUUUGUUUUUAUUUUACAUUUUUAUGUAUUCGUUUGGAAAGAAGGAACUAUGUACUAAUUAAAAUUAAGACCUGUUGAAUUAAAUUGAAUCUCAAUCUGAAUUGAAUAGCAAGCUUGUCAAUCAAAUCAAAAUCAUGGUGAUGCUCAACACUAUCAAUGAAAUAUCUCAAAAGCAAGGAAAGUAUUUGAUUUUAGUCUCUUUUUAGCUGUUCACGAUAUAUUUACAUGAUGGUUGCUUUCAAAUGUUUCUUUUUGCCUUUAACUGACACUUUUACCUCCCUGAAGUGUUGAACCAAAUGCAGGCGUGAUGGAGAUGAUCAUCUGUGAAAAUGUGUUAACGAUGUGAUACGUCCAUGCAGCAUAUGAUUUUCGUGUACAUUUUCUUGGCGCAUGCACGAUUUGGGUAUUUAUUUAAAAUACUACAAGACAGCUUUGUGAAAAUGGCACCUGCUGCAAUCUGCCGUACUGAGCCAUACCAUGUUUUCUGUCACACAAUUGACCGCGACGGAGGUUAAGCUACGUAUAUGUAUACCCAAUACAUGUUUGUUUCUGAACACAAUUUGUUUCGUAAAUUGAAAUGAUCCGUUUCGACAGGGCCGUAAUCUCUCAAACAGUUACCAGAACAGGGAUUUCCUUAACUGUGGUCUUAAUUCAAAUUGACGAACGUAUCAACCGCUAUCUUUUGUACAGACUUUUACUACUGUAUGUACUUCUAACCUGUGUAGUAAGCAUAACGUUGCCUUUGUACAAAAGAGAAUUUAUGAAAGAUGAUCACCUAGAGGAAGAUGCUAACAUGUUGAUACUUUGAACACAGGGACUGUGGAUAAUGACUGUAAUUCGUACUAAGAAAAUUAGGCAUGUGUAAAGAUGGUUUUUUUCAG